AUGAGCGGUGACUUGGUGGGCAGUAAAGGAGGCAUGGGAAAGGUGGUUGCUGCCACCGGUGGUUUUGGUGUUGUGCCGACUGCUACUGUGGUUGUUAUUGUGGUUGCGGCGUGGAAUGGGCUUCUGGCCAUAGCGGGGGUGACUGGGUGCAGUGGAGUGGAGGUCGAUCUCCUCCUGGACGGGAGCGAGAAUCAUGACGAACGGCCAUGGCUGCAGUCUGCGAAUCUGGAGUACGUGUGGAGCCAAGUUCUGGCUGUUUCUCUUCCUGUGAGAUGA